AUGUCAAGGUCGACGACACCUGCGCUACCUCUGCAUAAUGCACACGCUGAGUUUCCGCGUCCAUCGCCCGCCAACCCUCUAGGUGCGCGACUGGAUGCACCUUCUUCGACAUCAACCUCUACAUACUCGUGGCUCGAACCUCAUGAAACUGCCGAGCGCCUACAGACUUCCCUGCAGUAUGGCCUAACGCCCGCCGAGGCCGAAAUUCGCCUCGCACGCGAUGGCCCCAAUGAACUUCCCCACGAGGAGCCCGAACCCCUAUGGCUGCGGUUCCUCAAGCAGUUCAAGGAAACCCUCAUUCUACUCCUCCUCGCAUCGGCUGGAAUCUCCUUCUUGAUGGGCAACCUUGACGAUGCCCUUAGCAUUACGCUUGCGGUCACAAUUGUGGUGUCGGUUGGCUUUGUUCAGGAAUAUCGGUCGGAGAAGUCGCUCGAGGCUCUGAGUCGUCUCGUCCCGCAUUACGCCCACCUCAUUCGUCACCUGCCGGGGACAAACGCUGGUGCAGAGAAUGCUCCUCCGGCGGGGCUUGGGGAGGAAUUAGGAGGACUCAGGAGCAAGAGCCCGGGGACACCUUCAUCCGCGAUGAAGGCGUCCACAACUGUCGCUGCAGCUGACCUUGUCCCUGGCGACAUGGUUCUCUUUUCUACAGGUGACCGCAUCCCUGCCGAUAUUCGAAUCACGUCUGCGACAGACCUUUCGAUCGAUGAAUCGAACCUGACUGGUGAGAACGAACCGGUGGUCAAAUUUUCUGCUGCCCUUCGCAGUCAUAGCGGAAAGGUUCACGCUCUGAGAGGUACCACCCCUCCUCGAUCUCCGUUCUAUGAUGCCCCGGCUACUGGCGCCGUUGGUGCCGAUAUUCGCUUGAACGAGCAACACAACAUUGCUUUUAUGGGAACCCUGGUUCGUUCGGGCUACGGUCAGGGUAUUGUCAUCUCAACGGGGGCUAAGACAGAGUUUGGAGCUAUUUCCGCUUCUCUGCAGGAAAUUGAGAGUCCGCGGACUCCGUUGCAGCUGUCCAUGGAUCGACUGGGCCAAGAAUUGAGUUGGGUCUCAUUCGGUGUCAUUGGUUUAAUCAUGUUCAUUGGUCUCCUGCAAGGUCGUAAAGUCCUAGAAAUGUUCACGAUUAGCGUUUCUCUUGCUGUUGCAGCCAUCCCAGAAGGAUUGCCUAUCAUUGUGACUGUCACUCUCGCUCUCGGUGUACUCACGAUGGCCAAAAGAGGGGCAAUUAUGCGCAGACUUCCCAGUGUCGAGACACUUGGCUCUGUCAAUGUUGUUUGCAGUGACAAAACUGGAACACUCACGCUCAACCAUAUGACGAUCACCAAAAUGUGGCACUUUGACAGCACCGAGCCUUUUGAGGUUCAACGGGAUAUGACUGGCGUGCUCUCGCCCGGCCCCGCCGCCCGCACUAUCCUUCGAGUUGGAAACAUUGCGAACAAUUCUCGACUCUCCCGCACGCAUGCUAACUCACCCGCGACUGCCUCCUCCGCUGCGGUUCUCUCCUCGACCGUUGAUAGAAACUCGACUGCUGUGAAGAGCCGUUGGGUUGGCCAGCCUACCGAUGUUGCCAUCUUGGACCUCCUUGAUUCUCUGGGCGAGGACGACGUCCGCGACCGCAUCAGCGGCCGUGUUUCUGAGACUCCCUUCAGCUCUGAGCGGAAAUGGAUGGGUGUCAUCAUUGGUAGCGGUAGCCCUGGUGAUUCUAAUGUUGCAUAUAUCAAAGGCGCUCUUGAACAGGUUCUCGCUCGCUCUGAUACUUAUCUGACCAAGGAUGGUCGUGAGGUUAUUUUGGACGAGCCCAGGCGGCAGAUGAUUCGGGAUGCUGCCGAGCAAAUGGCAAGCGAGGGUCUCCGAGUCCUCGCCUUUGCUAGCGGUGCAGUCCGAGACUCAUCUAGGGGCAUGCGAGGAUUUGGCAGUCGUUCUGGAACUCCUACUUCCAACUCUAGCAGCCCUUCUAAUGAUGAUGAUCGUUAUAAUGGAUUGGUUUUCGCGGGACUGGUGGGCAUGAACGACCCCCCUCGCAGGGAUGUGCACAAGUCUAUUCGUCGUUUGAUGUCUGGUGGAGUCCGUGUCAUUAUGAUCACCGGUGAUGCUGAGACAACUGCCGUCGCUAUUGCGAAGAAGCUUGGUAUGCCUGUCAGCGAGGCCCCGGGUUCACGCUCCGUUAUCAGCGGUAGAGAACUCGACCACAUGAGCACUGCUGAGCUGUCUCAAGCAAUCUCAACCACGUCGAUCUUUGCUCGCACGAGCCCAGACCACAAGAUGAAGAUUGUCAAGGCCCUUCAGGCCCGUGGGGAUGUUGUGGCUAUGACUGGUGACGGUGUCAACGAUGCACCAGCCCUUAAGAAGGCCGACAUUGGCAUUUCCAUGGGCAAGCUUGGUACCGACGUUGCCAAGGAGGCAGCAGAUAUGAUUCUGACUGAUGACGACUUCUCGACUAUUCUGCGCGCAAUUGAGCAGGGCAAGGGAAUCUUCUACAACAUCCAGAACUUCGUCACAUUCCAACUUAGUACCAGUGUGGCUGCGCUCAGUCUUGUGCUGGUCAGCACCACACUGGGCUUCGAAAAUCCGCUGAAUGCCAUGCAGAUUCUAUGGAUCAACAUUCUCAUGGACGGCCCACCCGCCCAAUCCCUCGGCGUCGAACCCGUCGACCCUUCUAUCAUGAACCGACCACCACGCCCCAAGACAGCCCGCGUCCUCACAAGACCCCUCGUGCAACGAGUCCUCACCUCGGCCCUAGUCAUCAUGCUCGGCACACUAGCAGUGUACAUCCACGAGAUGGGCGAAAUGGACGACGGCACCCCCCUUGGCAAACGAACCCGCGUCGUAACAGCCCAUGACACAACAAUGACAUUCACCUGCUUCGUCCUCUUCGACAUGUUCAACGCGCUAACCUGCCGCAGCGAAGGCAAGUCCAUCCUCCGCGGUGAGAUCUCGCUCUUCGGAAACAAGAUGUUCAACUACUGUGUCCUUGGCUCCUUGGCCGGCCAAGCCUGUGUCAUCUACUUGCCUUUCCUACAGCGCGUCUUCCAGACUGAGCCGUUGAGCUUAGGCUCGAUUUUCAAGCUGUUCUUGCUUGCUAGCUCUGUCUUCUGGGUUGAUGAGGGUCGCAAGUAUCUUAGUGCGCUUCGUCGCCAGCGUGGCCUAGGUGCUGGGUACAGUGCUAAUGUCUGA